AUGAAGUUCUCCCAACACCAUCCCUCGCCCUUCUCGAGCCUCUUCCAAGGCCAGCGCCGCGCCGCGUUCAAGGGCCACCUCCUCCGCUCCGGCACCUUCAUCCGCAACCACACCGCCCGCCUCUUCUCCCAGUCCUCCCCCAACCAGUACUCCGACCCCGGCACCCGCGCACCGCUCUACAAACGGCUUUUCGAUGCAUGGCAAAACACCCCCACAAAAUGGUACCCGCUGCCGGUAGCUGCGGGCGCGCUGCUCCUCGUCAUCAUCCAGUACCGGAGAAAGUCGACCGCGCGUGAGGUCGUCGUCGACGAGCAUGGGCACGAAGUCAUCAAACUUAAAGGACCUUGGCAUGUGCAUGUCAUCGGCGCUCUCCCGCUCCGCAAUCUCUCCCGCGUGUGGGGGUACAUGAACUCUUUCGAACUCCCGGUCUGGUUCCGUCCUUAUGGCUUUCAAAUCUACUCUGUAAUCUUCGGCUGCGACCUGGACGAAAUCGACCCAGACGACCUCAAGCAAUAUGCCAGUCUGGGAGACUUCUUUUAUCGGAAACUGAAGGACGGCGCGCGACCAAUAUCCGACUCGAUACUGGUCAGCCCGGCCGAUGGCCGCGUACUCCACUUCGGCAUCAUCAAAGACGGCCGAAUAGAGCAGAUCAAAGGCAGCACUUACUCGCUCGACGCUCUCCUUGGCGUCGCCCGCCCCAACAACCCCGCCGCGCAGUCAAUCGAGUUCCCGGACGGCGCGAUGGAGGAGGUCAACCACCGGCACUUCGCCGAGAUCAACGGCAUCGAGUACUCCCUGCACGAGCUCCUCGGCGCCCCCACGCCCUCCUCGUCCGGCACGUCCACACCCGUCUCCGGUGCCAUUGUGCCCCGCCCCGCCGCCGCCGCGAACGAGAAGAAGCACGGGGAGCGCACCGACGCCUCCGUCCCGCGCGAGCAGUCGCUCCCCGACGCCGCCGUCUCCGACGCGAGCAUGGCGACCGAGGUCGGGAUCCGCCCCAGCGGGCUCCGCCGCGACAGCUUCACGAGCGUGCGCACGCGCCCGGGCAACGACACGUUCUUCAUGGUCAUCUACCUCGCGCCCGGCGACUACCACCGCUUCCACAGCCCCGCGGCGUGGGUCGUCGAGCGUCGGCGGCACUUCGUCGGCGACCUUUUCUCCGUCUCGCCGUGGAUGGCGAAGCGGCUCGAGAACCUGUUCGUGCUCAACGAGCGCGUCGCGCUCCUCGGCCGCUGGAAGCACGGCUUCUUCAGCAUGGUCCCCGUCGGUGCGACCAACGUUGGUAGCAUCAAGAUCAACUUCGACAAGGACCUCCGCACAAACGUCGGCUCCCGGCGCGGCCACCCCGCGGGCACGUUCACCGAGGCCGUGUACUCGGGCGCGUCGCCGCUGCUCAACGGCCAGCCGCUCCCGAAGGGCCUCGAGAUGGGCGGCUUCUGCCUCGGCUCCACCAUCGUCCUCGUCUUCGAGGCCCCGCACGACUUCGACUUCGCGGUCAGCGCCGGCCAGAAGGUCAAGGUCGGCCAGACGCUCGGCGACAUCGCCGCGUCCCCCCACCACUGA